UCAGGGAUGGGACGGGUCGGUAGGUUUUUAGGGUCAAACUUACACCCCUACUCACUACCAUCAAUAAUCUUAUGGAUAUAUAAAUUACUUAACAACCCAUCAAACCUCCCCCUGGACCCCCUCCCCCCAAACUCUUAUGACGAGUGUAUCAGGCACUACCCUACCUUUCUGAAUAUUCGAUAAAUUAUGGAAGCAAACAAUACAAUUUUUCCUCGUUGAAUUGAUAAUAUAACAUAUUGAUGGCCACCAAUAGAUUUUUUUAGUACUAUAACAUUUACUAGGAAUAAAUUUUCAAAAUAGGAAUAGUUUUUAAUAUAAGGAGUUCUGGGAGUAACUUUAACUUUAAUUUUCACAUUUUCACAUAUAUUCUGAAAAUAUUUCUAUUAUAAAAGUUGUAGUCCUCGAAAAGUCAUGCGAAAUGAAAAAAAAAAGUUUGCUACAAUCGGAUAACCGAGCACAAAGUUAAGGUUGUUGGAAAUUUCAAAGGAGUGGCUCGAGUUUACUGAACUCGAACCACUUCAGCCCCACAUGGUUCGAGGCUUAUAUGAUAUAUCAUCGAUCUACGACUACAUCGAGUCUCCUACACUCGAACCGGUUAGUAGUUCGAGUUCCUCAAACUCGAACCACUCCAAACUUAAAUAUUUUAGGAAUUUUUUUUAUAAGUAUGGUAGUUUAAAAAUUUGUUUUACUAUUAUGUGUAUUUAGAAAAUUAUUCCGCAGAAACUAUGUUUGAAACGGUUACAAAAGACGGAAAAUGAUCCCGAAAGCAGCGAUAUUGCCUAAUUUACAUUGUCGUACACAGACAGCCAGCCCCAAGUUUCUUUUAUUCGAGCGUCUCUAUAGAGACAAAUUAAAAGACGACGGAGAUGCCGCUUUUUUCCUAGCCAUUGCCGUCACAUCAGACUCUAUGUAUUCCAACCGGCUCUAUAUUAAUCCAUCCAAUAACGCCUAUCGCCGGUCCACAUAUUCCAUUUGUCACGCUUAAUAAUCAAUAUUCCACGAAAACCAUGAGUACCAUUAACGAGAAAACCAUGCCCAAAAAGGCCGCUAAACCAUGUUGGGUAAAAGUGGCAUUAACACUUGUCAUCGUCCUUGUAGCUAUUUCGACGACCGUCACAGCACUGGCGCUGACCGUCUUCCGUCCAAGGGACCCAACCUUCAGCAUUGCACUCGUCGGCCUGCCCGCUGUCGGGCUGGAGGAUCUACUCCGCGCCAAAAAUGUAACGGUCCCGGUUGUGAUCGGCAUCAGCAACGGAAACUACGCCAGCUUUGCAUGGAGGGACUUCACGGCGUCGAUAAGGCUCAACGGGUUAACGUUGGGCGAGGUGACGAUUCGCGGUGACCGAGUCCUUCAACGCAGUAAUAUGAACAUCACGGCGGCUCCGACACUUCAGCUGGACAAACUGCUGGUCCAGCCAUUCGACCUGCCAUCAGUGCUGGAUGCUUUACACGACGGAGGGUUGAACUUCACUUGCUCCGUGACGGUGUUUGGGGAGGUUAAGGCGUUCGGCGUCGUUUCAGCCCCCGGAGUUCGUGGCUCGGUUUCGAUUGAUUGUACCAGUUUCAUGUACAUAAACAGUAUCUCUUUCGCCAGGAAGAACGGUGCCUUUGGAGGGCAGGCUUCGUGCUGGACGGCCAAGAAGCUGUUGCUACUUUCCGGCAAGUAAGUAAUCAGCGGAGUGGAAGAGUUAGAAAUUUGAAUAAAGACCUAAAUUUUUUUAUGUUUGUGUAAUUUAAAUUAUGGUCAAUAUACGAGAGACCUAAACUCUUACUAACUAAUUUAUUUUUCAAAUUCAUUGCAAAUGUGACGCAUAGGGCUGUUAAUGAACCAAGCCGCUCAUGAACGACUCGGUGUCCGACUCGAGAAAAAUUCCUUCGACACUCGAUUCGUCUUAAUCGAGCUGGCUCGCGAACAAGCUCGUUAACUAAACGAGCCGAACUCGAGUCAUACCAUGUUCAGCUCGAAAGCUCGCGAACAAGCUCAUUUAAUGGUUUGGCAUAAAAAAGGAUUAGAAUUCUUGUAUUUUAAGUAUCGAAAUUGGGAUAAAUAUUGUGUUUUACUUUAGUAGACUUUGCUACAGGUUUGAAUGUAAUUUUGUGCUCAAUUCUAAGUCAAUUUUGAGCUAUCAUGAACAUUUUAUGAGCUGAACUCGAUUUUGGACUCGAUAAACUUAUUUGACGAGCCGAACUCGAGUCGAGCUCGAACUUUCAUUUUCAUAAACGAGCCGAGCUCGAGCUUGUAUAUUAAAGCUCGUGACGAACACGAGCCGAACUCGAGUUUGGAAAUAUAUUAACGAGCUGAAUCCGAACUAUGGCAAAGCUCGGCUCGAUUCGGCUCAUUAACAGCCCUACUUACACAUAAUAUUACUUGCAUUUUAAAGUUGAUGCAUUUUAAAGUUGAGAGAGAUUAUAGUUCAAACUCGGUCAGUUCGUAAAAUGAAAAGCGCCAAUUUUGCUUUUUGGGUUCAGCCAUCAAUCUGACUUAUCGGAACAAUCACCUAUGUAGGUUCGACCUUCCUCCUUUCGGUUUUGGUCUCCGCAUGCACCUCAUGAUUGAAAGCAAAUGAGUCAUAUGGAUUAGGGCUGGCUAUUUGAUCCGGACUGUUUGGUUUUACUCGAAACCGGAUCGUAUAAUCCGGACUGGGACCGGAUAGCAAACAAUCCAAUCUCAUAUUCGGGCUUAGAUUUGAGGUAAAAAAACACGGAUAAAGAC